AUGUUGGUAGUGGGGAGCCACGACUUCGAAAUCCCCAGCCAUCCCACACAAAAACGGAUAUGUCGCUUGAGCCAGUUCACUGAUUAUCACUCGAAUCAGGAUAGGACAACGGCUAACCGACUUGGGGCGUAACGCCACUCAAGCGGUACAAAGGGUUUUCAACCUGAGAUGCCUAAGCCUUCAACACUGAUUUCCUUUUUUGAGGGUUUUAAACGAAGUAUUAAAAAUUCAUGACCUAGUACAAUUUUUGAUUUGUGAUGAAAGGCAGUGACAAAAAAAAAAUCUCAUCAUGUGCUUCAGUGGACAAAAAACUCAGUUUAACCCUCUCAAUAUUAAUCGAGCUAGAUACAUAGUAAACUGAAAAUAACUUUGAGUGUUUCUAGUUAUACAAUGCAUAUUACAAACUUUACUGAAUUGCCGCUGUCAUUUCCAACUUUCAACCGGAAAUGUUGCAGUACUGUUCCGGAUGUCUUUGAAGUUCAAAAAACGUCGUCGCGAGCACUUGAAAAGCCUCCCAUGUUCUGCGGGCAUCCGCGGAAUCCUGCACGCGGAAAAACGACCGCGUCGACGUAA